AUGUUCACCUGCAGUCCCACUCAAACCUUCCAACUCUCUAGCUCACUAGCUCUGACCACUGAGGCUGACACUUCCGGGGUUCCGAGCGUACCAUCUUGCGCCAAGAUUGGCGUGGCAUACUCGGAAGACCGGGACACAGCCCGUUCUCUGCCCAAUGGUGCCUACCUCGCAGACGCCAAGAUGUGCCAGCAGCUGCUCGGUGAAACUUGGCAUGCAGAUGAUCUGGAGCUGUUCCGGUGGUUCAGUUUGCAUUCACAGCUCAUGCGGCAGCUGAACUUCAAGUCGAUGUUUUUUCUGUCGGGCACCGGGAUGCUAGACUGCACCCACUUCACUUGGAAGGAGGACUCCUUCCCUGGCGGUGCCUGCUACCUCUUCAAACAACUGGGCAAGGAGGAGCCUGAUGCAAAGGCGAUUAGUGGCCCGAAGGCCUGUGUUAGCUCGGAGGAUGCGAAGGUCGCUCAGGACAUGCCAACCUUGCCACCAGUGGCAGUGAUAACGCCGACGGUGAAGCCGAUUAUCGUGGUGGUGAAAAGGCCUCUGCUUCAUGUUCCCGGCUGCGGCUUCUUCGUGCUGCAGCUUCGACACCCGACGGGUCCGAAGAUCUAUAAUUACCUGGAUUCCACCUUGGGCGCAGCUCCUGCCGCAACCGGGGGCGGCAGCAACAUGAUGACCACUGCGCUGGCCGGUGGUGCCGUGGCCGCCAUUGGCAUUGGGGGGGUUGCCUACUACUUCCUCGCCGGAGGAAAGAAAAGCAAGGACGCGAUGAUCGCGGACGAGGACAUGGGGUUCUAUCAGCAAGUGCCAGCCUACCAGCCUGCCACGACUGCCGCGACCUACACCUAUCAGUACCCAGGGAUCCAGGCGGGCCCGGAACAGUUGACAAGAGUGGUGUCCGAGAUUGGCGAGCUUGCCAUGAUAGCUCAAAACCACACCUCGGGGUUGGCGACCCAUGCUACCGGAAGUUUGCUUGACAAUUUCGAGUGGCUGAAGCAGCAUGGUGACGAAGCUCUUGAGGCCGCCGCACAUUGCCAGGACGUCGUUGUCCAGCUGUCGAAGCUGUCCGAGCACUGCCGGGUGUCGAACCAGCUUGAGAAUUUCGCAGCAGUGGUUGCUUGGAUAGCGAUCGAACAGACAGGAGAGGAAGGCUCGAGCUCCUUCUUGGCCGAUUUGGCGCGCUCUCCACCAGCUCUGGCCAUGAAAGAGAAGGCCCAAAAGGCGAUCCUUGCCAGCACCCAAGCCAGCAUGGAUGAGGCCUGCAAUCCAGAGUGCGCCCUGGACCACCAUCACGAGUUCUUUGAGGCUUUUGCCGGAUGCUAUGCUCCUUCGGUGUGCGCAGCAUCGGGGAUGGGCGAAGUGAGCUUUCAUCGAUGCAG